GUGUGCGGUGUCGGAUCGGCGGUGCCAAGCGGAGAACGGUGGCAGAAUAGCGAGCAUCAGUAACGGCGGCUUUCUCCAGUCUUGUGUCGGUCACACCCGGAACAGUAUACAUAGCAUUCAGCAGUUUAAAACAAUCGUGGAUGUAUUUCGAAUAUCUUCGGUGCGGCUUUGGGUACAGGCGAUGGUCAAUUCCAACUCUGCGACUGCCAAGUGAUCGGGCUUCUGAGAAAUCGGUUCGUGUCUGGCUGGGCAAGUGAUGCCUAUUCAUUCCUGCCCACUGGCCGUCGGAAGAGAGCGAUAAAUUGUGAGGGCACUGUUUUCUUCGGCGAAGUGGUAUCAGAGUUGGUAAGAUCCCCAGUGUUACCAUGACGACCGUGGUGAUGGAACAGAUUGGUAGACUCUUCAUCAACAUCCAGCAGAUCCGUCAGAUCCCAAGCCUGGUGGAGCAGUCCAUUCCCAGCCUGCCAUGUACUGUGAAGGAUUGGGAGGUGCCGCGGAUAUUCCGGGAGCCGUACAUCAAUUCUGGCUACAGACCAGUGGAGCAGAGCUGGCGAUACUACCUGUUCACCUUGUUCCUGCGGCACAACGAGUCAGUCAACGUCUGGUCCCACCUCUUCGCUGCGCUGAUUAUCCUCCUGAAGCUGCAGGAGUUCUCCCAGACGGUGGACUUCUGGUCAGACCGGCAUGCAUUGCCACUGUUGAUCCUCCUCCUCUCUGCCUUCUGCUACCUGACCUGCAGCUCCCUUGCCCACCUCCUGCAUGCCCGUUCGGAGUUUGCCCAUUAUUCCUUUUUCUUUGUGGACUACAUUGGUGUGGCAGUCUAUCAGUAUGGGAGUGCUUUGGUCCACUAUUACUACUCCAUUGAAGAGGAGUGGUACCAUGUCAUCAAAACGUUCUACCUCCCCAUGGCCACCUUGUUGGCUUGGAUGUCCUGUUUAGGAUCCUGCUAUGCAAAAUCUAAUGCCAAGUUACUGCACCCUUGGUCACGCAAACUCUACCAGAUAGUCCCAGCAGGGCUGGCCUACAUGUUGGACAUCAGCCCUGUGGUGCACCGGAUAUAUAGCUGCUAUUCGUCAAAUUGCACUGACGCUUCCAUUUGGUACCACCAAUGUCAGAUCAUCUGCUUCCUCAUAAGUGCUCACUUCUUCUCUUGUCCUCACCCAGAGAAGUGGCUCCCAGGAAAAUGCGACAUCUUCCUGCAGGGGCAUCAGAUUUUCCAUGCUUUUAUGGUCUUCUGCACCCUGGCACAACUGGAAGCUGUCCAUCUGGAUUAUAAAUACCGGCAGCAUUUCUAUCAGACAUGGCACAGCGACUCCACCUGCUCUGUGCUGAUCUGUCUCGCGGUGAUCGUUUCCUCCAGCGUUGUCACUGCAGUCUACAUGAGGCACCUCAUCAAAAUCAAACUCGGCCUCAAAGAGAAAUGAAGAUGGGUGCUUCUCAAUCCAGCAUCUCACUUAUCUUGAAUAUACCAUCCAUUGGGGAGAGGCAGAAGGGUAGGGAAAAACUGACUCUGGUUUCUAGAACUGACUCUGUGCCUGGGAGUUCGAUUCUUGGAUUGAAAUCUACAAUGAUUUCUAUGGCAUUUUCACAUGAGACUGGCUGUGAGUUUUGGCAAGCAUCAAGGACGUGCAAGGAUUUGUCAAAUACUGUAAUACUGAAUGCCUUAUAUCUUUGCAUAGCACCUACAUUGUAAUUGGUGAAUUUGUUCAGUUAGUACUUGCUCAAGCAGAGCAGGCCACGUGUGGUCAUGGCUCACUGCAGAGUAUAGUUGGGCAAUGAGCACCUGCUAGCUUCGGGUAUCUUUAUCCUUGCCAGUUCUGAUAAAUUUGAACAGGAACUCUGUUUCUCUUUCCACAGAUGCUGGCUGACCUCCUAAGUGUUCCCUGCAUUUUAUUUUUUCCCGGUUCUCUAAUACUCAAAUCAUUUGUCAAGAGUCAUUUAUCUUGCUCCCGCUGUCAAAAUACACUUAAAUAUGAUUGAGAUUAGAGGUAUUUAUAAUAUCCAAAGUUUACAUUGAAUACACUACACAAUGAUCUUGAUUGAUGCUGAGAAAGUCAUUGAUCUAAAUCAUCAUCAAAAGCCUAUAUCUGGAUGUGCAAGGAUAUGAAAUAUAGCAGUGUUACAGAGCUGUGGCUGAUGUGGAGAUAAUCAACUGCAGUCCACUUUUUAAAAAGUGUACUGCAGUAAAGAAUUAAUUUAUCAUAUCUCCCAGACCAGAAUACUUUAAAUUAUCGGUUCCAUUCCAGCUUUUUCUAUUCACUCUCUGCACCACUGAAUAGCUUUUGGUGACAUUCUAUAUACCUGUAUUUCCUUAUCGGUGCCAAGGUAGUGUAACACUUAGCCCGACGCUAAUACAGCUCGAGGCGUUGGAGUUUGGAGUUCAAUUCCAACAUCAUCUGUAAGGAGUUUGUAUGUCUUCCCUGUGGAAUGCAUAGUUUUUCUCUGGGUCCUCUGGUUUCCUCCCGUAAUCCAAAGACGUACCGGUUAGUAGGUUAAUUGCUCGUUGUAAAUUGUCCCGUGUUGGGCUGGGAUUAAAUCAGGGGUCGCUGGGCAGAGUGGCUGGAAGAGACAGAAGACCCUAUUCCACAUUGUAUCUUCAAAUAAAUAAAUAAAGUCAAUAGAAGGAGACCAUUUAGUUCAAGUCCACAUUGGCACUCAGAGUAAUCCGAGCCACCACUGUUUUCCUCUGUUACUUAUCCUCGCAUGUUCCCUUUAGCUUCCCCCAGCCCCUCCCCAAUGUUAUCAUGUGUAUAACAACUAGGGGCAAUUUGGGCAGUUACCCUACCAAACUUCAUGUUUCUUAGGAUGUGGGAGGAUACAGAGCAUCUGAAGGAAACCCAUGUGGUCACAGGGAAAAUGUCAAAUUCCACACAAAGUUCUCAGAGGAGUUGUCAGUCAUCAUGAGACUACAGGUUUGAUCUGGCUUGUCACAGCUGUCUGUGCAGGAGGUAGUGUAAAUGUCAGAAUUGGACGUUUUAAAGAACUUCCCUGCUCUGUAAAUAAUGCCAUAGGAUAUUUAGCAUCCACCUGUGCAAACAACAUUGGUCACUGGAUAGCUCUGAUCCUGGCCAACACCACUUGAGGUAGUUGGUGCCUACUCUUGCCAAGCAUUAUGCAUAGGUAUUACUGAUGGUUGACUCUUGAGAAUUAUUGAGGCUGUCCAAAUGUGAAAGAACAUUUUGUAUCUCCGUAAUGUUGUGCUCCUCAAGUUCAAAUUGAAUUUUGGAAAAUCAUAUAUUUCAGUGGCAUGCCAGGAUUAAACACUUCUGUGUAAUUAUGGUCACUUGGUGUUCUGCCUCCUGCCAAAUCUGAACUGUGUCAGAAGCCUUCCCCGUCUGCUCCAUGGACAGCAGUGGCCGAUAUGUUGCUGCUUCUGUGGCCCAGGAAGGAAAGAUUGGAGGUGCAAACAAUUAUAAAGCAGCAAAAAUGGAACCUUGUGUAUGUGUGCUUUAGUGAUGUGGGUUGAGAGGUAUCAAUCUGUUUCCCUUGAAAUAAAUGUCAUUAACUCCUCUAUGUUCGCCUGAGUUUACAGCACAUCCAGAAAGUGUGUAGUCUGGGGUAUCACACAAAUGUUUUUUUUAAAGUAAAAGGCUGAAAUAGGAGUGUAUUCCACUAACCACGAAGGAGCAGAAACCGCUUGCUGGAUACAGUGCACAUAAUGCUUACUUGACCUCACUGUUCACAAAGAAUGAAAGGUUAUGCUGAACAACUGCUCUGCUGUUUUCUUCUUUGUUGCACUGUUUUGCAAUACUCCUGCUGUGAUAUUGGAAAGGAGGAUGAUCUUUGUGGUUGCCCUCUAUUUCCAACUGAGGGGGAGAAAGGGUGAAGUUCUGGGCAUAAUGGAAUGAGGCAGCACUGUUUAUGAAGCAAGACUUUCAGCCUUUCAACAUGUGUACACAUGCAAAUAAAAUCAUAUCCAAUGUUUACAAA